AUGUACCAUUUCAGCAAGCCGGCCUUGAGAAUCUCACAGUUCGUUUCACACAGUUGGCACGGGUCGGCGUGGAAAAAGAUCACCACCCUCUUUGUGCUGAAGAACUUUCCUGCAGCGGUGGCUGCUGGAAGCUUUGUGGCACUGGUCAUGAUCGUCCUCAGCAGCCUCAACAUACUACCUGGCUAUGACCGGCAACCCAUGCUCGAGAUAGAGCGAGCCUAUGUUUUCGGACCCUGGGGGACUUGCCUUGGCAUGCUGAUUGCACUUCUCUUCCUGACUUUCACUGAACGUCGUGAAGAAGUUUUCCUGGAUGUGCUAUGCAUCCAUCAGACUGAUCGGCGCUUGAAGUCGGAAGGUCUCCUGAACAUCUGUGCCUUCUUGAAGAACUCCGACUCCAUGCUGGUGUUGUGGGACCCCAGCUACGUUGAGAGGCUUUGGUGCGUCUUCGAGUUGGCUGCCUUCCUGAAAAGCCGCGAAAGUGGGACAGCGACGAAGUUGUUCAUUAGACCUACCAUCCUCGGCCCGAGCUCCAUGGCAUCCUGCUUCGGUCUCUUUGCGAUGCAGCUGGCUCAGACCGCGGUUCCAUGGGAGAACGCAUUUCAUGGCACCCUGGUAUUCUCGGUGCUGUGCUGGAUUGGGUGUUACUCGGUUGCCUGUGUUUGGCGGAGCCACUACAGGCAGAUUGACACCAUGAAGACCCGACUGCAGACUUUCACCAUUAGCCAGACGACAGCAGAUUGUUGCAAAAGAGGCCAUGUGGAUGCACAGGGCCAAGAGAUUCCUUGUGACAAGGAAAUACUCACUGAAUGCAUCCGGCAGUGGUUUGGCUCUGUUGAUGCGUUCGAGGAUGAUGUCAGGUCUGGCGUGGCAGCUGCGUUGUCAGAAGGAUUGGGGACGGGAUGGUUUCCUUAUCCUUACGUCUUGGCUGCCGCAGCACCCGUCUUAUGGGGUCAGGGCGACUUCAUUGCCUCCCGCCUGCGGCAGGGCGCGUUCUACUAUGCAGGUGUCACCGCCAUCAUUGGCCUCGCAUACUGGCUCGCCGCAAUUCCCUUCCUCUUCGCCUGCGGUGGGCUUGUCGUCCACAAGUUCCGCCGCAGGUACAGCCCCUGCCUCGAUGCCAUGGUACCACUCCUCGUUUCGGCGUUUCUAAAUUUGGUGCCAGGCAGGGGCUUCUGA